AUGAUGGCGGAGAAUGCUCGUGAAUCUGACAACCACAGAGGAGGCCAGCAGAAGGGCAGACGAGGCAUUCUGCGGUCCACCAAGAUGGUCUGGGCUCCAGUGGAAGAGCAGCAGCUGUCCAGUUCUGCGGAGGAAGUUCAGAGGUGUACAGACUCCAUACUCGUUUCUUUGCCUGAACAAGGAAUGGUUCAAAUGACUGUGAAAGAAUACAUGAGAUCUCUGCAUCAGUUUUCAGAAAUUCCCACCUUAUCCAGAGGGACCAGCUUCAACUCUUACCAUUCUGCAGCAAGUAUACCACAAAGCAUUCCUGAAUGGCUGGAACUUUGUGAGGAAGAUCCAGUGGAGAUUCUCUUGGAUCUAGGGUUUGGUGCUGAUGAGCCAGACAUCUGCACACAAAUCCCAGCCAGAUUCCUGGGUUGUGCAUCUGCAGCCAGAGGAAUCAACACUCGUGUGUUUCUUGAAGCUCAAAAGCAGCGAAUGGACAUAGAGAACCCUAACUUGUAUGGUCGUUUCCAACAGUUGAAAAUGCUGAACCAUGUGGCCAAUGCCUUCUCAUCUUUGCUGAGUGAGGUUAAUGUCCUCCAGAACAAAACAGAAGAAAAAAAUGGAGAAGAGAGUGUGCAAAUAUCCUUAGGCAGGGAGCCCAAAGAACAGCGAAGAAGAAUGGGCAAACUUUUCAAGAGAGCUUCAAAGCAGGAAGGAAGGAGGAAUUGCAGCUCAGAAGGGUGGCGGUCAUUGAAGAUGAGAAACAAAUCUUUCAUCACCUCUGAAAAACCAGGAGCAUGUGGAGAGGAGUUACCAGCAUCAAAAAAUAACCAUGUCCAGAAUCAUUUGUCUCAAUUAGCAGAACAGGCACCUCUCCAAGCCUGUGAUGACUUGACAUCUGAUCACCCCCCCUGGGCACUUCUGAGUAAGCAAUGGCCUCACUCAUCGAGGGCAGCCAAGCAGACUCCUCCUUGCUGUGUAUAUAAUGGCUCAGUCAAAGAGAGAACACAAAAGGAGAAUUCAAUUCAGAUGGACAAGCUCAAGAACUUGUUUUGUUGUGAUGGCAAUGGACCAGACUCCUUUGAAAUGGAAGAGGUCCAGAGCUUUGAAGAAGAGACUGGUAAUCCACUUGAUGUAACUCCAGGAACUCUAGGUACUGUGGUGAACAGAGCAAACAGCUGCCAGUCUGACAGCAGCGGGUUCCUGGAGGAGCUGCCAGAGCCACUGCCCCUGCAGAUGCCUUCCUUGCCAAGCAGUCAGCAGCAUGCAGAGGGUGGGUGCCCAGCACGAGAGCAUCAGAGCCCCAGCCUACGGUCCUCCCAGGACUGCCAGCCAGAGUCAGACGAGUCUGAUUCCAAGAGCAUGGUGAGCACAUCUUUCUCAAGCCAAGAUUGGAGUGCCUUGGAAGAAAAGGGCUCAACGUCUGUGGUGGAGAAAGGGUCUCAGUUGGAGGCCAUGGAGGACUCAGAAGAACUGUUGACCCCAGAUAAGGCCGUGCACAAAACCACCGCAGGAGAAUGUCCAAACACAGAUGGCCGCCUGCAGCAGCACCCGCUGAGAUCCCAAACUGAAGCUGAAGUCAUUGCAGGCACAGUUACUGCCAAGAGCACUUGCCCUCUGGAGUUGAUGGCGAGCCACAUUGCAGAAGUGAAGGAUGGGCUUAUGAGGCCUGUGGGAGCAGGGGAUGUGUGUGAACACAGCCACCACAGGGGGUCUCCGGGGUCACUUGGAAAUGAUCACGCUGAAGAGAAGUGUCCUCAUGUUGACACUGAGGUACCAAGAGCAGUGGCAAGCAGUCAACCCUGUCCCGAUGUGGACAACACUUUAACCACCCAAGAAAGGCCACCACAGCAAGUCUCCAAGGGCAGUGAAGUCAUGCCCUGUACAGGCAACCUUAUGCAAGUAUCUGAAAAGUCCAUUCCCCACUUAAGGUCCUCCCAGGACUUAGAUAAGCUGGUGGAAGUUAUUUCUCAAGAGAAACCAAGAAGCAGUGCUGUGGUUCCAGUCCCACCAAGGUCAGCAUCGGGGGUGGGAAGCCCUCCUCCCAGUGCUGACACAAGUACUGGCAGCUCCAAAUCCGUGACAACCCAGAUGUCCUCCAAUCUGGCCUCAGCUGCCCAGAGUGCUAUGGCCUUGGGGACUGAUUCAAGAGGAAGCACUUCAGAAUGCACUGAGUGUGACCCUGUGACCGCCACAGGGCCAGGGCUGGGGAGAGAAAUAAAACAGUUCAACGAUGCUUCUGUUCAGACUUAUCAAUGUGAACACAGGCCCUGGCAUUGCUGUUUGGCUCCAAGCAACAAGGCCUUGGCACACACAGCCCAGCCCCUCACCAAAUGCAGCUUGCUAGACACAGGUUUCCCCACUCUCCCUGCAGGGAGCCUCUGCCACUCUGGACCUGCCCUCUGCUGUCAUCGCCCUGCGUGCUGCCCCUCAGCGAGGCAACAGCCCAGCCCUGUGCCCUCAGCCUGCAAACAUCAUCAUCACCUACACGCCCAGGUCACCAAGGUGCUAGAAAUCCUUCAGGAAACCGUAGUGAGCGAGCUGUGCUCUUGCACAGUCCCUGAGAUGGAAGCGAUGAAGACUGUGUGCCAGAGUCUCCGAGAGCAUCUAUUGGAAAUUGAAGAACACCUUACAGGACAGCAGGCGCUCUUUUCCAGGGACAUGACUGAGGAGGAAAGGAUUGAAGCCCAGCAACUGCAAACCUUACGGGAGGCCCUGAGGCAGCAGAUGGAGGAGCUAGAGUUUCAACUGGGAGAUCGGGCGCGGCAGAUCAGAGAAAGCAUUCUGUUACAGUUUGAGCUUCUCACAGGGAAAACACCUGAACACUAUCCAAAUCCACCUCAACUGAACUGGACAGGAAACAAGAAUGGUCCAUCUGCGUUUCCUCCGGAUGACAGCCAGCAGGCUCCCUGCUCGGAUGUGACCUGCAUGACUCACUUUCCCCCUUCAGUCUUGGGGAACAGCCGCAGGAUGUUUCCUUCAGCUCAGGCUGAGUCCGACCCAACCCUUUUGUCAAACUGUCCUAUUGGAGGAAAGGAGAUGAAUGUCUUCCUCUAA